UGUCCAAGCGAAUAAAAUCUAAUUUAACGAGCCGAAAUUCGGAUGCAUCUUCCGGCUAACCAGAACCACAGAGCAACCCGGUGGAUCAGAACCAGGGGUAGCUUCCUUUGAGGGCGUUUAGUUUUUUAUUUGCAACAUGGCGUGUUGUGGAUCAGGUUAAAUAAAGCGUAUAAUGUUCUGUAGAUGUUUGUGCACCCCUUGCUGAUGUAGAAGCAGGGCUCUUGGUUGUGUUUGUGGAGGGAAAUCCACCUCUGAUAGGCACACUGCGACGCCGUGACGCAACUCAACCUCCUCCGCUGCUGCUGCUGCUGCAACACAAUCUAAUAUGAAGCAACGUCAAAACGCCGACGACAGGAUGCUCCGUUUACUUCUUCUUUUUUCACCUUCUGGGUGUUAACAGCGUUUAGAUGGAGGAGGAGGGGGUGUGGCGCUGACCAUCUCCCAUUCACCAAAACAACACACGCCCAGGGAGCUCGUGCAUCUGUGGCGUGGAACUAACAGAAGAAGAACGGCGCCGUGGUGGGGGAGCAGGUAUCAGGACCAGUCUGCUCCGGAGUCUCACUGGGUGCUCACAGGGCCAGCCAGACAGCGAACCAGCCAGCCAGCCAGCCAGCCCCUCGGCAUCCCUCCGCAGGCUCUCCGCGCAGUAGGAUCCUCGUCGUUACGCAGAUUCUAAGCUCUGGAUGCAGAGAGAACCAGCGGCCCUGCACACAAAGAUGCGAUGACUACGCAGGCCACGGCAUCACAGCCCCACAAGAAGACAUCGAUCUCUGAGACCUUCAUCUCCGUGUCACCUAAUUACACCAGAUCCCCUCUUUACUCCCUUUAUUCCAGGGCAUGUUAGCACCAUGAUCCAUGGCGGUGGCGUUCAGUGUGUGUCAGUGCAGGUUGUGUUACGAGAGGAGAUUGAAUGCCUCUAACAUCUCAAGGCUGUGAGCCCUGUGCAGGGUGGUGAUGAGCACUCAGGGCAGCAGCAGCAGCAGGGGAAGUGGCCAGCAUGCCGACACUACUCCCCCUCGUCAGGCCCCCGGACCCAAGCUGCAGGUGCAGCGCUCCCUCUCCCGCGACACCAUCACCAUCCACUUCUCGGCUCUGGGGAAGGAGGAAGACGACGAGGACGAGGAGCUGUACGGGGUUUCUCUUGGGUCUGAUGGAGCUAAACCUGGGCUUGACGUUGCAGGGGGACCUCGAGGUCUAGAAGCUUCGGGGGCGGAUGAGCAGUCUGUCGCCUCGGCCUUGGAGGCAAAGGAGGAGCUGCUGUUUGAGGCUGCGGGUGGGGAUACAUCCUCGGGGGCUGCUGUGCUCCCCGUCUUAUCCACCACCCUGUCUGUUCAGUCUUCAGACCUGCUACCACACAUGCCUUCUCCAGCCAUGACGAUCACUCCCUCCUCCACCCACUCCCAUCUGAGCUCCAACCCUCCCGCCAGCUCCUCUUGGCCCUCCGAUCGACCCUCAGCAAACCCCCCCUGCACAAACUCCGGCUCCUCCUCCCCUUGCAAGUCCGCGGCGCUGCCCUCCUCCAAGCCGUUCCUCAGCCUGGUCCGGUCUCUGUCCAACGACGUCGAGACUCGAGAAAGCACUCCCGCGCCUGCUGCAAACGCGCCGCCUCACACGAGGCACCGUCACUUAAUGAAAUCCUUCGUCAAGUCCCUUUCCACGGACCCGUCGAAGGCUGAGCAUCAGGAUGUGCCUCUCCAUCACUAUCACAACCAACCUCCUCAUCAGCCGCAUCAAGCCCAGCCAUCGCAGCGGGCGCCGCCUCGCAACAUGCAGCUCUUCAAACAGUUCUCCCAGCCUCGCCUGUCCUCCUGCCCUGUUGUUGUCCAUCAGGCAGGAGGAGACUCCAAGACCGCCCCGUCUUCCCCCAUCAUGUCCCCGGACGGGAGGUCUUUCUUCAAGGUCCAAGAGGUGGAGGCAAGGAUAGAGGAUACUAAGCGGCGGCUGUCGGAGGUGAUGUCGGACCCCUUGCAGCUUUUUAGUAAAAUCAUGGGGGAUGAGUCCGGCAUGGGGGCCGGUGUAAGCGGCGCUCACAGGGCUAAAUUUCUGUCCUCGAGUGCGUCCGAGCUCAGCGGAGGCGCUGCUGUGAACGGACACGCAGAAAGUAACAACAACUACAGCAUCAAGGAGGAGGAAGGCGCAGAGGGCGAGGAGGACGAGGAGGAAACCCCGACAGGGAAGGGUCCCGACUCUGUUUUUUUCUCCUUCCCGUCGCUGGCGCCCGCCCCAGUCCUCAACCAGACCUCCUCGUCCACGUUCCCCAAGUCUCCAUCUCUCACCCUGGGCCGAUGCUCCAUGUCGGCGCUGGUGGCUCGACAGGAAGACGAGGACUUCUGUGAGCUGUACAGCGAAGACUUUGACAUUUGUACGGACACAGAAACACCAGACGCGGAUCGUCCGGGGUCCCGGCAGCCUCGCGCUGGUAGCACAGGGUUGUGUAGUGAACUGGACACAGAGGAGGAGGAGGAGGAGGAGGAGGAGGAGGAGGAAGUGGACGAGGACUUAGAGACUGUACCUGUGACUGGCCUCAUCCUCCUCACACAGUUGGUGUACUGGUAUUUGCUCCUCCCAGUGCCUCCAUAUGUUUGUGCAGUGGUGCAUGGGAUAGUAGCUGGCUUCAUGAUACUUUUGCUGAUCCUUUGGACGUCCUCUUCUCGUGGCUCGCCGCUGGUGACUAGAAGAUGGAGGCGAAGGAUAGAGCAGUGGAACGUGGCCCAGCUGGACAUCAAAGAGCCGGGGAUAUUCAAGGGCUGGAUGAAUGAGAUCCACAGCUACAACCCGGAGAUGUACCACGCCACCCUCACCCACUCUGUUUACGUCCGCCUCGAGGGCUCCGUCCUGCGUCUGUCCAAGCCCAACAGGAACAUCUCCCGCCGCGCCACGCACAACGAGCCCAAACCUGACGUCACCUACAUCAGCCAGAAGAUCUAUGACCUCACUGACAGCAAGAUCCAGCUGGUGCCUCAGAGCUUGGCCAGGAAGAGAGUUUGGAACAAGAAGUACCCAAUUUGCAUCGAGCUGGCCAAGCAGGAGGACUUCAUGUCCAAAGCCCAGGGAGAGAAGCCCGAAGCUGCGGAGGAAAAAUCCUCGGGUGUGGGCGAGAAGCUAGAGCGAACAGACAAAUGCGAGAAAGUUGAAGGAGCAGGAGCAGCAGAGGAACCCAAAAGGCCAACCUCUGGAGGGGGGGAUCUGACAAUCUACCUGUUUGGGAGGACCGGUCGGGAAAAGGAGGAGUGGUUUAGGAGGUUUCUUGUGGCAUCCAGGAUGAAGUCAGAGGGGAGAAGCGGCAGUCUGCCUGGCAUCUGCAAGAGUGCCUUCUUGCCCUCCCACAGCCGCAGCAGCAGCACCCAGUCUGCCGGCGGAGGCCUGGAGGCCGACAGCAGGAGCAGCAGCCGGGGGAGCCUGGAGGAGUUGCCUCAGCCCCGCCUGUCCUGUUCCUCCGCUGGAGGCAUGAGGCAGAAGAUGCUGUUGGACUAUAACGUGUACAUGGCCAAAUAUGUCAACCCCCAAGCACCACAGAGAAGCCCGACUGCCACCGACAGCCCCGGGAACAGCCCUGAGAGCAGCCCCAAAACUACCAAAAAGUUAUGCAGGAGUUCAGAGGAGCCUGCGGAGCCUGAGGCCUGGGUCAAUGCUUUUCUAGGAAGGAUAUUCUGGGACUUCCUGGGAGAGAAGUACUGGGCCAAUGUGGUCUCCAAAAAGAUCCAAAUGAAGCUCAGUAAGAUCCGGUUGCCGUAUGUGAUGAAUGAGCUGACUCUGACAGAGCUGGACAUGGGCUUCUCUACUCCAAAGAUUCUCCAUGCCUCUAAACCUUCUGUGGACCACCAAGGUCUGUGGUUCGAUCUGGAGGUCUCCUACACAGGCUCCUUCCUCAUGACGUUAGAGACAAAGAUGAACCUGGCCCGUCUGGGGAAGGAGGGCGAGGGGCUCGGGGAGCAUGGGAAGGAGUGGCCCAGGCCGCGGACAUACUGCCUGGCAGACAGCGAUGAGGAAUCGUCUAGUGCUGGCUCGUCGGAUGAGGAGGAUCCCCCUGAACUCCUCAGCGACAAAGCCAUUCCUCUUGGAGGCGAGGGCUAUAUGGGAGGCCACAGGCCCAGCAAGAUCAUGCGCUUUGUGGACAAGAUAGCCAAGUCCAAGUACUUCCAGAAGGCCACAGAGACGGAGUUCAUUAAGAAGAAGAUGGAGGAGGUGUCCAACACGCCCCUGCUGCUCACUGUGGAGGUGCAGGAAUGCCGCGGGACGCUGGCAGUCAACAUCCCACCUCCUCCCACGGACAGGAUAUGGUAUGGUUUCCGGAGUCCGCCUCACCUGGAGCUAAAAGCACGGCCUAAACUGGGAGAGAGGGAGGUCACUCUGGUUCAUGUGACGGACUGGAUUGAGAAGAAACUGGACCAGGAGUUUCAGAAAAUAUUUGUGAUGCCAAACAUGGAUGACAUCUGGCUACCCAUAAUGCACUCUGCCAUGGACACGCGCUCAAAUGCCAAUUUGCUUACUGUGACAGACGAUGCCUUGAAGGACCCAGACCCCGAGGACUCUGAGGUCUCGGACAUGUGAAGUGUUUAAUGACGGGACAUGUUAUCGUCAUGGCAAUAGGACAGACUCCUACGAGGUCGAUGCACCAGCCUGUGGCGAAUCCUGAUGUGCGUAACAAAACUGGAGGUGUCAGCGAGCGUGUUCAUUUUUUUGAAAAUGGAAGAGAAACGUGACUCCUUCAUUGUCAUACAAUCACACAGAGCUGUCUGUGUGACGUCAAACAUUUUGCUUCGUUUUCCAAUGACGUACAUACAUGGAGCAUGUCGAGACUGUUUAACAAAAGGUGUGUGUUGGUGGAUCGACAAAUAGCCAUCAAAUUCAACCAGAAGAACCAUAAUACCUGUGAUGUACAGCUGCACCAAACUGUGGAGGUUACAGUGUCAGCUGUUAGUGCAGCCUUUCUUAUUGGAGUCGUUGCUAAAACUCUGGGAAGACUUUGAGGCUACUAAUGAGAUCAGGUAUGAAUCUGCUGGAAGCCCCUGCAUCGACUGAUACAAUCUCACAGGGAUACCAAGACUCAUUCGCGCCCCCCCCCCCACCCGCCCCCAUCCACACUGCUGCCUGUGCCAGCCGCCUUUAUGCAAACACAACAGCAAAGUGUCCACCGCAGACACAUGGUCAGUUUAAAUCCACUACAGACACUGAUCAAAACACACAACCUGUGUGCUUUGCAUAGUGUGAUUGGGUUUACAUCCAACACUGACCGUAAAGGGGUGAGAAGAUAAAAAAACAUAUCUGCAUACACAGCAGCUCAACCUCGCCUAGGUCUGAUGAAUGUAUAAACAGGAUCGCAGCUCCCGAAGCUGUGCGAAACUACAGCUCAUUCACUGACGACGUGCUUCUACGCAACACGCUUCAACUUUUCUUUUCGUGUCAUAUUCAGAGUCGAGCAAAAGUAAUAAUUGUACUUUUUUUUUUAAAUUGUCAAAGCAAUCUUUCAGUCCUGUUUGAAGGCUUUUUAAUGAGGUAAAAGGUGACAAAUAAGCAAUCGGUUAAUUAUCUUGUGUUCUGUGUUAGCAAGUAUGGAUUAUUGUAGCUGGAUUUUCAAAAUAAAAGAGGUAUUUUCAGCAGGGAGUGAUGAUUGCUUUGGAGACAUGGUAAGAAAAAAGUGGGAGACACACUUCCUGUUUGAUUUGAACAAUACUGGAGAUUAGCCAUAUUAUUUACUGUUGUUGACAGACAUCCAGCUAAUGAAUGCUUGUUUUUGCAGAAUUAUUUGAUUCCAUGUUCUUUCUGUACUGUACACCUAUAAAUCAAAAUUUAAAAAAAAAAAACAGCUGUAGUUAUCUGCCAAGACACCUGGCUGCUUUACAGGCGACUAUUAUUUGAUGUUUUGCGUUCAAAUGUGUGUGUUGGCAAAGUGUAUGAGGCAGAAAGUGCCUUUAAAAAUAAUUAAACAUUCCUCCAUAGUGCGCCGCCACAUCUGUUGCAUCAGUUUAGGAGAAGAGAGAAAGGUGUUGUGCCAUUAGUCUGUCGAAGACAUGCCCUGUUUUCUCAAGGUAUCGGUGUUGUUCAUUUGCACAGUGAUGAAAAUAUGAAACAUUGCUGUUGUGUUCAGUGAUGUCACAGAAUGUUUAUGGUUCUGAUCAUUGUGGAUCAAUAAAACCUUUUGCUUGAAAAUAA